AUGUCACGCACGGACACAUUCUACAGUCUCGGCUUGAUGCCCGCCUUGAUGGGCUUGGGUCAUCUGGCACCAUCGAUAGGUGCCAUACAGACAGCCACUGGCUCGUACCAGUUUCCUGGCAGACUUCUUGGGCUUAUUGGCACCAUCUCGGCUGUUGUGGACUCCGUCGACACAUAUAAAGAUAUCCCGCUGUCAAGCAGGCCUUCAAAGUGGAUUUGGAAGAUCUGGGUCUAUGGUCUGUGGGCCAUUGUGCUUGCAUGCACUGUCUUGUCGGGCAUGCCGACAGCGAUCGAUAUAUAUCGAUUCUUGCCUCUGGGCCUGCUUUGGGGUGUUCCUUGUAUCCCGCGAUUCUCAACCUCAAAGAGUCUAAUUCUGGCCAAGCCGAAAACAUUGCUCAUCGAGGCAAAAUCACUUGUUGUGGCAUUGUGUAUGGCCAGCGUCUGUGCAGAGGCAAGCAUGGCCUUCUACUGUCGACAGGCGGAGUCCCAAUGUAGUGACAGGAACCUCCGGAGGAGAAGUUUCUACCUUGCGGUCUUGUAUGAAUUCUUUCGGGAAACCUCUUGUGACGUGAGGGACAUCGCCGAGGAUGCGAAAGAGGGCCUAAAAACACUGCCGGUGAGGCUUGGGAAGCAGAACACGAUGCUUCUCAUGACGGUUGUGGGGUUGGUGCUAGACUCGAUCUUGACGCAAAGUAUAGCUUUCACGGCGAGUGGCAUCAUCGUGCGGUCUCCGCAACUUGCUCAUGCAAUCCUGCGAAUGGGACUGACAAUGACUGCUUACUGGCAGAUCUUAAAGUAUCCAAGAGACAACUACUGGGCUUGGGGAUGUAUGUCGCUCUUUGGCCUUGUUCCUGUACUGUUUGCACAAGCAGCCUUGCACAGCUGA